AUGUUCUCCACCAUCAAGCUCGAGAGAACUGCUCUCUUGCUCACCUCACUUAUCGCCAUCCUAUCCCCGUCGCUGUCAGCAGUUGCCCUCGCCAACCAAACCUGCUACUACCCAGAUGGAUCGAUUGCUCAGGGCGAUAAGCCAUGUGGGAAUGGGACAGAUGUAGCGUGCUGUGGAUCAGGGGGCAUCUGCCUAUCUAAUGGUCUUUGCAUGGACGUCGCUCAGCCGAAUACGUUGGCACGAUCUUCAUGCACGGACAAGUCAUGGACUAGUGGAAAUUGUCCAAACUACUGCCUUCAGGAGACGAGUUUCAACAAAAGUGGCUGUUCGAUUAUUCUCUUUUCAUAUCUCAACAGCGUCGGCGAGUACUGCUGUAACAACAUGGACGCGAGUGAUAACACACCCAUCUGCGCUUAUAACCUAUCGACUUUCCAAAUUCCGGACUCGAGCAUUGUCCCAGGUUUUGCGCUUCUGUCAGACUACACCACUAUCUCAAAUGCCACGUCCUCAACGAAUGCUACGUCAACGAAUGCUACGUGCUCCACAGAAAAUAACUCUAACAGUGACCACCAUACCGUCAUCGGAGUAGGAGUCGGCGUUGGAGUAUCUUUGGGUCUCGUCGCACUAGCUUCAAUCGCUUGGGCGCUCUGGGAACGACAAAAAUUGAAUCGCUACAAGACCGAAACCCUCGCAAGUGCGAAGGCAUCAUCACCAUAUUCGGAUGCAGCACCUCAGCAGCAGGCGUACAAUAUGACGCCUAUGGACACUGGCGCAUACGGACAACCAGCGCCGACAUACAAUCAUAGUAAUAAUCAGUAUAAUUCAGCUUUGUUGUCGGAGAUGGGAACCAGAGGCCCCGUGGAGUUGGACUCGAGGAAGUAG